AUGAGCGUGCCAACAUACAUGGGCGUCAGCGGCAAGUCGCUCGCCAUCCUCCAAAUCGCCGCCAUCGUCGCUCCCUCCUUCGUCCUCUUCGGCUACAACCAAGCUGGCAUCGGCGGUCUCCUCUCUGAGGAAGACUGGGUCAAGACCUUCCCCGAGAUCGACACCGUCAACUCUACCGGCGCCGACAAGAGCUCCAAAUCUACCCUCCAAGGCUUCGUCGUCGCGACCUUUGUCAUUGGUGCGCUGAUCGGUUCGUUGAGUUGCUCGUACACGGGUGAUAAGUUUGGACGUAGGAAUGUCAUAUUUGCUGCGUCCAUUUGCUCCUUGAUUGGAGAGAUCCUUGAGGCGUCGUCUUUUGGACUCGCGCAGUUCAUUGUUGGACGAGUUAUCAUUGGACUGGGUAUUGGGCAGUUGAGUUCCAUUGUGCCGGUUUGGCAGAGUGAGACAUCGGCGGCUGUGAACCGUGGUCGGCAGGUUGUCUUGACGGGUCUGUUCAUCUGUCUUGGUUACGUUCUUGAGUCAUGGAUCAACCUUGGCUUCUUCGAGUUUCACCAUGGUCCUGUUACCUGGAGACCCCCGAUCGCCAUCGCCAUCGCCUUCUCGCUCAUCCUCAUGGCCAGCAUCUACUUCUUCCCCGAGAGUCCCCGAUGGCUCGUACUCAAGAACCGAUCUGAGGAGGCCCGCCACGCUGUCGCUGCCCUCCGGGGUCUCCCCAUCGACUCCACAGAGGUUCUCGCUGAAGUUGCUGGCAUUGAGCACUCCCUCGAAGAGACCUCCGACAACGCUGCUCAUCUGGGCGAUAUGCUCAAGAUGGGUGAGGAUAAGCUCCUGUACCGCUUCAUCCUCUGCAUCCUUCUUCAGUUCUAUCAGCAGAUGAGUGGUUCCAACCUGGUCAGUGUCUAUGCCAACGUUCUCUUCCAGAAGAACCUGGGUAUGAGCGCCGAGACAGCCAAGAUUCUCACAGGAGGAGCUCUCACUUGGAAAUUCCUCGCUUCAUUCAUCGCCUUCUUCACUAUCGAUCGUUUCGGUCGUCGUGCCGUCUUCAUGAUCAGUGGUGCUGGCAUGUCGGCCUGCAUGAUUGCUCUCGCCAUCACCACCUCUUUCGGCAGCGAGAACAAGCCUGCCAUGAUUGCUGCUGGUUGCUUCAUUUACCUUUACAACACUUUUGUUCCCAUCGGUUUCUUGGGCGCCAACUUCUUGUACUGCACUGAGGUUGCUCCCAUCCGCCUCCGAAUGGCCAUGUCGUCCAUCUCGACCGGUAACCACUGGCUCUGGAACUUCAUUGUCGUCAUGGUCACCCCCGUCGCUCUCGAGAGUAUCGGCUGGCAGUACUACAUCGUGUACGCCGUCAUCGCCGCAUGCGUUCCCAUCUCGGUCUUCCUGUUCUUCCCUGAAACCAUGGGUCGCAACCUCGAAGAGAUCGAGCUCAUCUUCAAGGAAUCGCCCUCCGUGUUCUCAACAGUCAAGUUCGCAAAGACUCGACCUCGCAACACUCCUCAGCAAUUCCUCGCAAGCAAGGAAAAGGCUGACCACUUGGAGCAAAGCGAAGAUUGA